AUGAUGAUCGCCGAAAAAACUAAACGACGACUGAGGGCCCACAAGUCCAAUAUCGCGAUCGCUCUGCUUGCUACCACUGAUUUUGUAGCUGGAAGUCUUGCUCAGCCUGUGUUCAUUGCUUGGCUGAUAUCAAUCUUGGUCAACUACAAGAGUGGAUUAUGUUCAUUUAGAGAUUUAGAGAUUUUGAGCUUUCUGAUAAACUUUCUUUUCGGCGUGUCGAUUCUUCAUCUGUUGCUGAUAAGUAGACAAAGGUAUUUAGCCAUCAAGCAUCCAUUUGUGCACAUCUCUCUUGUCAAAGAAAGUAAUCUGGUCAUUGCUUCUGCCUUGGCUUGGCUGUUGCCCUCAGUUGUAAACGUUUAUUUUUUCCUUACUGAAAACAUGAUUGCGUUCGUUCUUGUUGAUAAUUCUGUCAUUUUAACAUCAGUUGCCUGCAUAGGUUACUGUCAUUUUAAAGUUUACUUCGAAACUCGAAGACAUAAACGACAAAUUGCAGAUCAACAAGUUACACAAGAAACAAGGAAAACGUUUUUAAAGGAUCAAAGGGCCUUAAGGUUACACCUCUGA